UUUGAAAUUCGCAAACAAAUUUUGGAUGAUGUUAAGAGAAGGAGGUGGAGUUGAAGCUGGGAAAAACACCAGGCUCCUUCAACUUGAACUAAGAGAGAGUGAACACCUGGCAGACAAGCUGUCCCAGACUGUCUCUGACCUAACCACUGUCCUGCACGUGAAAGAGGCUGAACUGCAGUACUGGCAGUCACGUGUGACCCAGUACCGUCAAGAAGCACUUACUCUGGCUAAAAGGAGCAAUACCCUGAAGGCGACCCUUUCAGAAUUUGAGUUCACCAUAGAGUGUCAGGCCAAAGAGUUGGGAGCCCUACAUGCAGAGCAGAAAGGACUAAAGGAAGAGUUGGUGCAGGCUUAUAAAGAGAAGGAGGAACUCUUGCAACGAUGGAUGGAUGAGAAGAGAGAGGAGGCAGAUAGGUUGAAUAAACACAACGACACACAGGAAAGGUGGCAACGUUUGGCCAAACACCUGAAGAAGCGCACCCAUAGGAAAAAGGGAAGAGUGUGUUCCCAUAUUGACCUGCCUUCGGAGUGAUGCAACAGAAACGUCUCCAUCAAUCCUUCAGAGGAUUAAUACCACAGAUACACCCCAGGGACACUCAGACCACAACUGUGUCUCAGCUGUGGCGAACGUCUAAUAUUCCCAUGUGGUCCUGGAGACGACACCUCUCUGUCCUUUUCUAUGGUGCUUGUAGUUUGAAAAACGAAUUCCCCGUGCAGCCAGAAAGGUGACCCAGGAGUGACUUUUUGCAGCUGGUUUCAUAUCUGUAUUGAUGUUUUUAAUGUAUCUAAAAUAUAUUCACCAUAACCUCUAAAUAGAAUUGUUAAAUUUAGACCUUUGUUAAUGCCUAAUUUUACAUUUACUGCUCUAACUAAAGUCAGCUUCACUCAACUUAACUUACUCUUUCUGAACUUCAUCCUGAUUGACAUCCCUCACUAAAUAAUGUUUUAGAUGAGGUGAUAAACCAGUGAAACAACCUCUGCUCAUCUAGUUCACAUCAUUUAGAUUGUAGGAGCUGGUGUUGUUGUUGUUGUUCAGUCAGGGCUUAUUCUUAGUGACUAUGUGACCAACUUUUAACUAUGUUUAUUUGCAUGUUUAUUCUUACUUUCGAUGUCAAAAACAGUAUUUGAAAGAAACUGAAUAAUCUGGAGCUGUAAAGAUUUUUUUAACAAAUUUAAAUAACAA